AGCAAGUGUCCGCCAUGAAAUCACGGCGGCUGCAGAAGGUCUCGGAGGCUGAGCCGAUCCCAGUUGAUGAUCUUAUUUUCGAAAUACUCUUGAGAUUACCGGCAAAAUCUAUUGCGAGAUUUCGCUGCGUAUCGAAGCCAUGGUCUUCCAUGCUUGGCCGUCAAGAUUUCACAGAAAUGUUCUUCACAAGAUCUUCUUCUCUUCCAAAACUCUUGUUCUCCUGCCAAGAAGACGAUGACUCGCACUUCUUCUCAGCACCUCAGGUCCAAAACGAGAACUCGCCUCUUGUAACCCUCAAACAUCACGCGAAGUUCCCCUUUGACCAAUACUCCAGCCUAAUUUGUGGCCAUGUCCGCGGUUACGUCUGCCACACGCAUCAGCGGAUCGUGAAGGGAAGAAAAGAAACGGUGCCGGUUAUAUGUAACCCUAGCACCGGACAGUCAUUUGAAUUACCGAAAGUGAAGACGAGGAGGGUUAACGUGAGAAGCUUCUUCGUGUAUGAUCAGAUUGGUAAAAAGUUCAAGAUACUGUCCAUGAGCUGGUCAUGUUACAGAGAUAGAGGGAUAACUGAGGAGCAUCAAGUUCUGACAUUAGAAACUGGAAACCUAUCAUGGAGAAUGAUCCAAUGUGGCAUACCUCAUCAUCCCGUAUUUGAUGGGAUAUGCAUCGAUGGUUGUUUGUAUUAUCAAGCUAUGGUCGAAGAUGAUCUAGGGGCUUCUACUAUCAUUUGCUUUGAUAUUAGGUCUGAGAAGUUUGGAUCUAUCAGAAAAGCCGAGGUUGAUCUGUGGCGUGAAGAAGUUGUGGUAAACUACAAGGGUAAAUUAGGUAUGCUCACGGCAGAUUUGGGUGGCGAAGUUACUGGACAAAGUAGUGGUUUUGAUUUGUGGGUUCUAGUAGACGCUGAGAAACAUGAAUGGUCGAAGCAAGUAUACGUAUUUUCUCUUUUGUGGAAGAAUGUAGUUGCAGAGUCCAAGUUAUACUUUAUUGGAAUGACUUGUGGUACUAGUAGAGAUGAAAUUGUGCUGUCCCCUCGCUAUUUAUCAGUGUUUUUCUAUGUUUUCUACUACAAUUUCGAGCGUGGAACUGUCAGAAGAGUUGAAAUCCAAGGAAUGGGUGCGUUUCAGGGUCAUCACAGAGUUCACACCUUUCUACACCAUGCAGAGGACGUGAAGCUUUAUGCAAAUGUUUCCGACUUUAUAACUUGA